AUGGAGGAAGACAAAAUCAGCCAAUUACCAGACGAUAUUCUUCUACACAUCCUCUCCUUCAUCAGCAUUGAUGAAGCCGUGAAAACAACCAUUCUCUCCAAGCGAUGGCAACACGUCUUCCGCUCCCUCUCCCACCUCCGCUUCCACCGCACCCGCGCCGCCGCCGUCGGCCGCCGCGUCCCCCUGUCCAAGUUCGUCUCCGAGCUCCUCUCCCUUCGCGACCCCUCCGCCUCCGUCCACGACUUCCACUUCUCAUUCGACGGCCGAUUCUCGUGCCCCUUCGUGGCGGAGUGCGUGUCCUACGCCGUGAGCCACGGCGUCCGAUCCCUCCGCCUCCACGCCCCGACCCAUCUAACCCUAAGGCUCCCCGCCGCGUUCUUCGCCUCCACGACGCUGCGGGAGCUCGAGCUCCGGCAGUCGUAUAAAGGAAUCCACAUGCCCGGACACUUUUCUUUCCCCAAUUUGAAAACCCUUUAUCUUGAAACGCAGUUGUACUUCGAUGAUUACGAUCCUCUCCAGCCCUGGCUACGUUCUGACGUGGAGAGGGAGCCCUUUUCCGGGCUCCCCGAGCUCGAGAGGCUCACUCUCCGCGGGUACCCCAUUCCCCGCCUUGUCAUAAAGGCUCCCAAGCUUAGAAUUCUUGAGAUCUUUUCCUAUGACGACGCAGUGGGAGAGAUAUCUGCUCCGUUGCUUACCUCCUUCACAUGCCAUUGCCGUCAUCCUUGGAGUGAUACCAAGAUGAAUCUCCCGUCAUUGGAGGAAGUCGAUUUAAACAUCUAUGGCGAUGGCCCGACAACUUGGUGGCGCGACUUAUCAUGGAUGCUUCGCCAACUCGCUGACGCUACCACUGUUACAUUGACUUUGGACACUCUCAGGAUUCUUGAAUGGGACCGUGAUCUCCGUAAGAGAAGUCCUCCUUUUCCCAACAUCAAAUCUCUCAAGGUGGUUAGAAAGAGUCUUCAUGAGCACAUUUAUAACUGGCAAGCUCAUUUUCCCGCCCGGCUGCAACGGAGAGUGAUGGAGUAUAUGACAAAGGGAACCUCGAAUCUUAAGUCGUUGAAGGUGGAGAUUCCUGAUAAUUUGGAUUUGGUUGAAUAUGAGCCGGGGUGGUACACUUAG